CGACGAGGUCUGGGGAUCAUCCCAAGUUGGCAACCCUGACAAAUGCGCUCCUUGGCCCUUGUCCUCCAUGAACACUGAUAAAAUGCUGUCCGGUCAGGAUUUCGUUUGCCCACGACUAGGUCCCUCAAGCCAGGUAUCAAGGCUCGGGAGAUUGAUACACAUAACGAAUAUCCGCCAUGUCCAAAGCAGCCACAACCACCUACACAGUUGAACCUCCGAGCGAUGCCGAGAAUGCAUCACGAUCCACAGCAAGAGCUUCUUUCCAAGUGGACGAUUCUCCCCCCUCUGAAGAUGGUCAGGCCCAAGGGCUCACCAAGUCAGUUCUUUUGAAGCUCGCCAGCGCUGCUUUCUCGUUUUUUGUGUCCGGUGUCAACGACGGUAGCAUCGGUGCCUUGAUACCACACAUCAUCCGCGACUAUGGUGUAACCACUGCCAUUGUGUCUGCCCUAUAUGCGGCGAGUUUCGUGGGCUGGUUAUCCGCCGCCUUGUCCAACACACAUCUCAAUCAUCGCCUUGAUCUUGGAGCUAUGAUGGUUUUAGGCGCUGCCUUCCAAGUCGUCGCCCAUGCACUGAGAGCAUGGCCCACGCCGCCGUUUGGCUUGUUCAUCACCACCUUCUGGUUUGCCAGCAUCGGACAGGCUUUCCAGGACACACAGGCAAACACCUACGUCGCCACUGAGAAGGGUCUGACUGUUCACCGCUGGCUUGGUUUUAUCCAUGCCAUGUACAUGGCAGGAUGUCUCGUUGCGCCAUUCGCUGCCUCCCCCAUCGCGUCAUCGCCUUCCGGAGACGGAUCUUCGCAGUGGUACUUGUUUUACACCGUACCUCUGGGCUUGGGUGUUGCUAACUUGGCACUGGCCAUGGUGGCAUUUCGGGAUACAUUCUGCCUUCGACCCCAUGUGCGUGCUCUUGAUCCCGGUACUGUGGCUCCCGAGAAAAGCGCUUCGGCCCUCAUCAAAGAGACCCUCACGACGCGAAGCGUUUGGGUAAUCAGUCUGUUUUUCUUCUUCCAUCUCGGGGUUUGCGUCACCGCUGGUGGAUGGGUUGUGGAAUAUCUCGUGGAUGUCCGCGAUGGCGACUUGGGGCAGAUGGGAUACGUUCCAGCUGGGUUCAGCGGCGGUUGUCUCUUGGGUCGCCUCCUUCUGCCCGAUCCAACACACAAAUUCGGCGAGCGGCGGAUGAUAUUCAUAUACUGCCUGUUCUGUCUAGCGUUUCAGCUGGUAUUCUGGCUUGUUCCCAACAUCAUUGCUGCCUCGGUCGCCAUCAGCUUCUUGGGGUUCUUUCUCGGGCCAUUCUUUGCGACUGCCCUUGGGGUGGGCACGCGGCUCUUCCCUCCCGACAUCAGAUCUACAGCACUGCCCUUUCUCUUCGUCUUUGCCCAGCUUGGUGGUUCUCUGUUCCCGAUCGUCACCGGCAUACUGGGCGCCCACGUUGGAGUCUCGGUAUUGCAGCCUGUCCUUGUGGGCCUGAUAUCGGCCUCGGCAAUCGUUUGGCUAUUUGUUCCUCAGCCUCAGACGAAGCGAGAGUAGCUGUCACUGGUACGCAGCAGGUCUCAGAAAUGAUCAAAAUUAAGUAGCAUUGGCUAGCUUUAAGAGCAACAUGAAGCCCUUGCUCGAAUUGCGGAAAAUCUCCUUCAUUGCAUCCCUCGGCCAAUUCUCGCCUAAAAGACCACGCAAAGUUCCAAUCCUUGGGCUGUCAGUCUAAGCAGGGAUGAGAUGUUUGCCUUGGGGCUUACUAACAGUUUUGGGGUAUCAAAAAUCGUAAUCAUUAAUCAUCAAAUUCGUUGCCUUCCCUACUUUGAGCGCGAUGCGGAAUGCGCUGAACCGUGAGACAAAACA